CGACGGACGCCGUACCCGCUACUUAGAGACACAAGUAACUAUGGCGUCGUCAAUGUCACGGGCAGUUCUGGAGAAGGUCCAUUUACUGGGUACAACCGGCAGGAUGUUUUUUAUUCCUUCCAGGUCGGUAGGAGUAUCUGUUUGGCACCUGUGUACAGACCAACCACAAAACAGACAGUUGAUCACAGUGGAUGAAAAACUAGACAUUUCUUCUUUGUCUGGGGUUCCUGAAGAACACAUUAAAACACGUAAAGUACGAAUCUUUGUGUCUGCUCGCAAUGCAAUGCAGUCUGGAAUUCAAAACACACGAAAAUGGAAAAUGGAGUUUGAUACACGGGAACGCUGGGAAAACCCUUUGAUGGGCUGGGCAUCAACGGCUGAUCCUCUGUCAAACAUGGUCUUGACUUUUUCUUCCAAGGAGGAUGCAGUCAGUUUUGCAGAGAAGAAUGGUUGGAGCUAUGAUGCUGAAGACAAGAGGAUACCAAAACCUAAAUUUAGGUCCUAUGGAGCAAACUUUUCUUGGGAUAAAAGGACAAGGGUCUCUACAAAAUAAACUAGCUUCUCUCUAGCUAUGAAAGAUCAGCUGUGUUAUAUUUAUAGGUGUUCAUAAUACAUUCAUUAAUCUUAUAAUAAAGUGACCUUUAAGCAA